AUGGCGAGCAUCGAUCGAUACCGCCCGCAGCGGGAGGGCUACCAACCUCCAACCCUCGCCCAGAACCCGCGUCAGGAUAAAUCUUCGCGGUCUCCAACGAGGCGGCGCGAUGUUCCUCCAGCGGUCCCAACACCUCCCCAGCACAGCACUCGCACGUCGCCACCACGCCUCCAGGCUCGACCAAGCCAACAGCAAUCGCCCAGCCGACCGGGCGCGCGCACGCCGCUGGCAGUCGCAAACCAGUGGGCGUUCACGGAGGAGGAGACUUCGAGCACACCCAGCAUCAUCGAGGGAUUAGCGCCUUCUGAGGAGAGAUUGCGCCGGGCCAAGGGCGUCAACUUCAUCUACCAGGCUGGGGUGAUGCUCGAUCUCCCUCAGAUCACUCUUUGGGUAGCUGGAGUGUUUUUCCACCGAUUCUACAUGCGCUGCAGUAUGGUACAGGAGAAGGGCGGGAUUCAUCACUAUAACAUCGCCGCUACCGCCCUCUUUCUAGCCAACAAGGUCGAAGAGAAUUGCAAGAAGACGAAGGACAUCAUCAUUGCCGUUGCCAAGGUUGCUCAGAAGAACGCCAAGCUCAUCAUCGAUGAGCAGAGCAAGGAGUACUGGCGAUGGAGAGACAGCAUUCUCACGUACGAAGAGGCCAUGCUUGAGCAACUCACGUUCGAUCUCAUGAUUGAUAACCCCUACCGAAAUCUUCUUGAUCUUCUUGGCCAGCUCGACUGUGUUCAUAACAAGCAUCUGCGACAGGCCGCCUGGGCUUUCUGUAACGAUGCAUGCCUAACGGCCCUCCCCCUUCUAUUUGAGGCAAGGGACAUUGCUAUCACGGCGAUCUUCUUCGCCAGUGUUCACACCAACCAACAGCUAGACGACGUCAAGGGCGAGCCAUGGUGGAAGUACGUGAGGGGUGACGAGACACGAUGCAUCAGGGCCAUCGAGAUUAUGCGACAGUUCUACACUGAGAAUCCGCUUAGGAAGCAGAAUCCGUCAUUACCGUCGCCAGCAUUUGAGCUGGAUAUCUCUCGACGCCGAGGAGAUGCUUCAAUCACCGACUCGUACCCUUCGAAUGCCGCUACGCCUAUGGAGCUGGACAGAGCUAGUCGCAGUCCCGUUCCAAGGACAAACGGCGGAGGUGAAGGCCACAACGGAGCAUCUCAGGCAAGGUCGGAAGAUAAUCGAUACAUUCCUCGCUCUCCAUACAAACGGAAGGAGGCUGAGAUUGAUACCAACGACGAUAGAGCUGAGAAGAGAGCAAGACUAUCCGAGGAUGAAGAGGGCGAGCUGGUGGAAGACUAA